AUCAAGACCCCAACGUCCCUGAUAAUUUCAGCCCAGAACACUUACUCUUCCAUUACCUACUCGCCUACAAAGAUAACUCUUCUCUGGUACCUCUCAACCUUACUUUUAUGCAUUACCGAUCAUGGCUACCGUCAAUGUCAUUGAACCGAGUCAAAUUGAGGACGACACUGCCAAUCACUUUGUCAACAGUGAGACUAACCCAAGCAACUGCCCAUGCGGGUGGUACAUCUACACUUCCAAUACCUGCCGCCACCGGUACGUUGAGCAGCCACAUAAAUGUGGAAACAGAAGGACACCCUCUGGCAAGAUUGGUUUCUGUAAAUCGCCCGCACCGAGGCACUUAAUUCGUGGGACCGAGGUCAACGAAAACUGCAAGCAUUGUUGAUGACGCACAUUACUUGGUCGAUAACUCGAGUUGAGGCAAGCACCUUAUCACAAGUGGGUGUAUGGUUGUUAACUGAUAGUUCAAGCGGAAGGAUGGCCGAAAAUAUCCUUGAUAUUAAAAUAAAGAAUAGGCAACAAGACAGAGUUACAAAAUAAUCAUAUCAGUUGUUGUAUUUUUUUCUUCUUCUUUUUCUUCUUCUUUUUCUUCUUCUUUUU